AUUCUAUAUAUUCUACAUUUCUUGAGAAGUUUCAGUAGCUUGAGUUUGAAGAAGAGAUGCCUAUAGUUGUGAGAAUUCUGUCGUUGGGAUGGGCUAUCAUGAUGAUUAUGAGUAUUGCAAAUGUAGCAGAUGGAGCAAUUCCUAAUGAUUUGCUGGAAAAGAUUUCUAUAAUAAACAAAGAUGGUCCUUACUUGGGUAUUGUAGUGCCCAACAGUUUUGAGAUGAACCCUCUUCUCCAAUCUUCAAGUUUUGUUCCUCAUCCCAUGCUUUCCUACUUGGAUUUUGCAGGAAGAAGAUUUCGACUUGGAACUUUGGAAAGUCGAAAAGUUAUAAUUGUCAUGUCCGGACUCAGCAUGCUUAAUGCAGGCUUAGUAACACAGUUGCUGCUUAGUAUAUUCGAGAUUGAAGGAGUAGUUCACUUUGGAAUAGCAGGAAAUGCAAAUCCUAACUUACAAAUAGGAGAUGUUACUAUCCCUCAUUACUGGGCUCAUUCAAGCCUUUGGAAUUGGCAGAGGUUUGGAGAUGGGCCUGAUGAUGAACUUGCAUUUGAAUCUAAUGGAGACUAUACAAGAAAAAUCGGUUAUCUUAAUUUCUCUCAAUAUGAAAAUGGCACAAAAAAUGGGAAUUAUUCAGACAACCUUCUCAACAAUGUGUGGUAUCAACCGGAAGAGAUAUUUUCCAUUGAUGGACAACCUGAGAUUAGACAGCAUGCCUUUUGGGUUCCUGUUGACAAGCUGUACUUUUCACUUGCAGAGUAUGAACGACAUUGGCCAGUUAUAUCUGCAAUAGCAAAAGAUCUGCUGACACCUCCGAUUAGCACUGUUAUUUCGGAGUCUGCUUUUAGUGCGGGUCUAGGAGAGAUGAAGCCUACCUCAGUGGUCCUUCAGUUAGCUAACAGGUCCACCAUAAGACCUAGGAGAGUAGUUGAGGAUGUACUAGCUCAAGUUGAUAAAUUUCACUACCCAAUUGAUUUCUUGGUACUAGAUGUGAACGUUGAGGGGGAAGUAUCUGCAAAAAUUGAUUAUGAUCCUUUGAACUCCUUCGUCCUGAACUCUGAAAUUUUAAUUGGUUCUGACAUUGAUGAAUAUGCUAACAUUUGUGUUGUUUUCUUGCAAAAUUGCAGGACCAUAGGACUUCGUCAUGACAACCCAAGUUUGAAGAAUUGUCCGAAAGGACUGGAGGACAAAAACCAUCAAGCAUUGAGAGCCUUAAGCCGGAAUUGA